GUCAGGCUGGUCCAGAUGGGGACAGCGCGGGGAGGUGAGGCCGGGGGCGAACGGCUCUGCAGGACGCACUGCCUCCCCCCGGGCCCGGAAGAUGCAAGGCAGAAUGAAGAGCUUCGAAACUUAUCGCUUUCUGGCCAUGUUGGAUUUGACAGUCUCCCUGACCAGCUGGUCAACAAAUCCACUUCUCAAGGAUUCUGUUUCAACAUCCUGUGCGUGGGUGAGACGGGCAUUGGCAAGUCCACGUUGAUGGACACUUUAUUCAACACCAAAUUUGAAAGUGACCCAGCUACUCACAAUGAGCCAGGUGUCCGGUUGAAAGCCCGAAGUUACGAACUUCAGGAGAGCAAUGUCCGGCUGAAGCUCACCAUUGUGGACACGGUGGGAUUUGGAGACCAGAUUAAUAAAGAUGACAGCUACAAGCCUAUAGUGGAAUACAUUGACGCCCAGUUUGAGGCCUACUUGCAAGAGGAAUUGAAAAUCAAACGGUCUCUCUUCAACUACCAUGACACGAGGAUUCACGCCUGCCUUUACUUCAUCGCCCCCACAGGACAUUCACUGAAGUCCCUGGACCUGGUCACCAUGAAGAAGCUAGACAGCAAGGUGAACAUCAUUCCAAUCAUUGCAAAAGCUGACACCAUUGCCAAGAAUGAGUUGCACAAAUUCAAGAGUAAGAUCAUGAGUGAACUAGUCAGCAACGGAGUCCAGAUCUAUCAGUUCCCCACAGACGAGGAGACGGUGGCCGAGAUCAACGCAACGAUGAGUGUCCAUCUCCCCUUUGCGGUGGUUGGCAGCACCGAAGAAGUGAAGAUUGGCAACAAGAUGGCCAAGGCCAGGCAGUACCCCUGGGGUGUGGUGCAGGUUGAGAAUGAAAACCACUGUGACUUCGUGAAGCUGCGGGAGAUGCUGAUCCGCGUGAACAUGGAGGACCUGCGGGAGCAGACCCACACGCGCCACUAUGAGCUGUACCGGCGCUGUAAGCUGGAGGAGAUGGGCUUCAAGGACACGGACCCCGACAGCAAGCCCUUCAGCCUGCAGGAGACGUAUGAAGCAAAAAGGAACGAGUUCCUGGGAGAGCUGCAGAAGAAGGAGGAGGAGAUGAGGCAGAUGUUUGUCAUGAGAGUGAAGGAGAAGGAGGCGGAACUUAAGGAGGCGGAGAAAGAGCUUCAUGAGAAGUUCGACCUCCUGAAGCGGACACACCAAGAGGAGAAGAAAAAGGUGGAAGACAAGAAGAAGGAGCUUGAGGAGGAGGUGAGCAACUUCCAGAAGAAGAAGGCGGCCGCUCAGCUCCUGCAGUCCCAGGCCCAGCAGUCCGGGGCCCAGCAGACCAAGAAGGACAAGGAUAAGAAAAAUGCAAGCUUCACAUAAAGCCGGGCCAGCCACGGACGCUCCCGCAUUCACCUGCUCUGGCAGUGAUAGUGCAUCUCUGUCAUCCGUGCCCUCUUUGAUUUUGUGUUGCCUCCCUCCCACAUCCCAGUCACUCCUAGCUCACUUUGCUGAAUGUUGUCGGGUGGUAGAAAACCGUAGACCAAGGGGAGUAACAGCAAACGCUCGUGCGGCUGGACUUUGUUUCCGGAAAGUCGAUGGUUUGCCUUGUAUGCCUGUUCCGAGUGGCGGCAGGAAGCAUGCCUGUCCACUUGUGUGCCGCUCUGGACCAAGGAGAGUGGGGUAAUAUGCUACCUGUGCAUCUGACGGGAAAGCUCACCGCCUCAGCAGCUGAACUAAAAACCCCGAGUAGUCAUGUCAACAACUCGCCUUGUCUUGAUUAGUCAUCUCGUGCUUGCCCAGCCCCUGAGCUGAUUGUUUCUUCUCCACACUGGCCACAAACCACAGGCAGGCUUGGAAGUUGGUGGCAGCCUGGUGAGUGGGCAUCCUAGAGGGCUAUUUGCUUGUAUGACCUUUUCAUUUAAUCACUUGGUUAUUUGGCCCAAGCUUGUGGUCUGCUCAGACCCUCUUAGGGAUGGAGUCUGCAUCUGAAUGCCCACUUCAAAGCCUGGCUGAGCUGCUGUGGCCUGGUGUAAGAAACGUGGUUCUGUUCACCUCCACCAGGGAGUCCCUGAUGCUUUCACGGGUCCAGAUCUCAAAGACCAGCUCAUUAAGUAUUGCUUAGCUAGAGAAUCUUCCACUAAGGAUGCUGGAUUCCCACUUACAAUGAGGGGAUUUACCCCACCCCUGUUCUCCAGACCCUCCCCACCCACCUGCAUUUGCCUUAAGCAGGCUGAGGGGAGACCUGGAGGUUGACUCCAGGAUAUGGCUACUUCUAAUAGAAAUUUUCACAAGUCGCAAAGAAAAAAAAAACUGCCAUAAGUAGUUCAGAUAGAAAACUUGCCUCACUGUAUUACCUGUAGCACAGAUCUAGAAGGGUGGACAGGAGUGAGCACAGUGUACAUCACUCAAAGUAGAGAGUGAAGAGGCUGGGGGCCAGCUUCGCUUCUGCCCCUUGCUCAUGUUGAGACACAGCCGUCUCUAAGGAAUUUUCCUCACUCAUCCCUCACUGUGACUAGUUCCUCCUGCUCUGUCUCUUGGAAUCAUCAGUCACCCGGCAUCCCCCUGGGCCAGCACUGAUUCCUGUGCCAUCUGCCCCAUGCCCCGUCUGCCUGCUGUGUGUGAGGGAGAAGGGCACAUCCUCUCUCCUGUCCACUUUUCCUUCUUGUCAUCUGCUCGGCUGCCCCUCCUAACAAGAUCCCCUGGCUUUCCCUGCCGUCCUAACGCUUCUCAUGAACCCAGUCCUCGCCUCUGCAUUGCCCCUCAAACAUCACCAGUUACCCAGGAAUGGGAUUUUAAAAAAAAAAAAAUGCUGCAUCUCCCGCUCUGUGACACUUAAAAAAAAAAAAAAAGAAUUGUCCAGCCAGCCCCGAUCUGAUCCCAGCCACGUUUUUAUGUUCUCCUUUUCUUCAUCUCCCAGCCAUAUGAAGAAAGCAGGGGUCUUUCAUAAACUGAUCUAGGCUUCUUUAGGCAAAGUAAGGAACUUGCCUUCACUGGGGUGCAGACCAGGCUGGGACAGAAGCUACAGACGCAGCCGCCGCCCCCACCCCCCACCCCCGCUGCCGCCAUCCUCGCUGAUGGAGGAGGAGCUCCAGGACAGACACUGGCUUGGCUUCGGUUUCUCUAGCUAGCUGUGAAUCAGCAGCACUGGUGGCAUGCAUGCUCACUAACUGUGGCUGCAUUUGCUGCUUCGCUGGGCACCGCGUAAGCGCUUGAGCAUUUGUGUCGUAUGCUUGUUUCCAGCCACUGCUUGUGUGAGCGUUUUGUUUUUAUGCCUUGUAAUAGAAAAUAACCCUUUGCAUUUGGUUUCUCACGUCCCUAAAAGCUUUUUAAGAUAAGCUCAGCAAUUUUUUUUUUAAAUCAUCCAGUGGACUUUUUGAUGCCAAGAUAUUAUUGAUUGAAAUUUUUUUUUCUUUACAUUUUUUUUUUCCACAGUAAAAUAAAUCCUAUGGAGAGUCAGGGAAUAAAAAGCCAAGAGAAUCCUUUAAAAAAAAGCUUAAAAAAAAAGAAGGAAAACACAAAAAGCUGUGUUGCUUCUGAAACUCUUCCCCACUGCUCCCCAGCCUCCUGGAGUCUGUUAUUGCUGCCCCUUUCUUUCCGUAUCUAUGCCUUUCUUCACAGUAGUCCCUGGCUCUGCACGGAAUAAACGAUACUCUCAAAUCUAAUUGGAUGUGCUUUCGCCUUUGCAUGUAAGUACAGGAGUGAGAACUCUGGGAUCUUUCUGUCUGAGAUUAGGGGAAACAGACGGGACAGAUGAGUUUGGUUUUUGGUUUUUGUUUUUUUGGUUUUUUUUUUUUUAAGCUAAAUGCAUCUCUGCCGGCCACGUUUCUCUUUUGUCCCACCGUUUCAGCUUCCUCUUGGUCUCAGUGGAAGUCGAGUAUUGGUUACUCAUUGCAGACAUCGUUCUGCAUGGCCUCCUGUGGCGGCGGGCCUUUGAUUCUGACAGUGGGAGAAAGAAACUCCCACUGUCCCCUGAACAAAAAAAAAAAAAUCAGAAAACAAUGUCUCUGCGCCCUUCCUGCUCCCUUACCAUGGGGAUCUUAGUCCGAUGGCCUCACCUCUGUGCCAAAUGCAGUGGCCACGUCUUUUUGUUGUUUUGUCGGAUGGCCGUGUCUGGCCUCUCUGAGCAUCUUUUGCUCCUUCUGGACCGUGCUCCACGCUGCAGGCCGUGACGGGGCGGCCAGCAUGAGAAUGCGGAGGCGGUUGCAGGACUGUUUUCCCAGCUUGGGCUCUGUAUUAGUUCAUCCACAGGGGCAUCUCUCAGCCAGGGGAACCAUUCCCCCUGACUCGGGGCCCGGGUUUCUCCUUUUCCUCUCUCUCUACUUUGCCACUCACCAGCAGCAGCUCUUGCCUCCUCUCCAUCCUGUGCACCUCUGAUGGGUGGACUUGGCUGUCUCACUUUGCUGACACACCCCUAAGUGUUCCGCAGAGUCGGUGUUCAGGCGCCCCCUCAUCCCACCCACCCACAUCAUACUGUCUCUGUGUGGUCCUUCCAGAACUGUCCAUUUGAAUCCCUUGACUUUGCCAUUCACAAGUGUCUGGACUUGUCAGGUGUCAGUUUCCAAAAGUCCUAGUUCCACGACAGGACGUUUAUUACGGAGUUGUUAGCUGAAUUAUGACCUACAGAGUCUAGUUUGUGUGUCGGUAUGAAGGGAAUUUUUAAAAAAUAAAUUGAAAAUUAAGCUGUGAACAGCAUUAGAACUUUGGUCUAUUUCUUGAUUUUAAAAUAUGCUGAUAUGCCUUAAACUGUAGCUGUAGAACUGUCAUUUUUGCUGUUUGAAGAUAACCGAUGUUUUCUAAACUGUUGUGUAAUCCUUCAGUGUUGAUACAGAAUUGUCAUGUAUGUACGCUGCAUGUUAGACACUUGUCAUGUUUUUCUAAGAACUAAAAUAACUGUACUGAUCGAUGUGAAGCAUCUCGUUCCUGCAAGUUCGAAAGUGCUGACUCGGCGGCCCGCUGAGUUCCCUCCAGUGUCUGUUAACAUGGUGUGGUGACAGGUGACCUAUGCAUAUAUCACUAGUGCCAAGACGUAAAACGGGAAAUAUAUUUUUACCCAACCGUU